UACUUGGUGCCCGAUGGCUGCUCCACCCAGUGCUGUAAAUUCAAACAACUUUCUUCCUUUAUCUCACUGUGAUACCUGACACUCUCUUGGACGGUUUGUGGCUGCGAGUUUUGGUAUUCUUUUAUUUCCUUUUUUUAUUGUUGAUCUAUUUGUUAAUUAUUUUUAGCGAACUUUUAAAACAUUACCAGUACUUGAACUGUCUUGCGCUCGAGGCGGAGCGUCCUUACAGAAGGAGGUGAGUUCGCAGCAGGAGCAAACUUCUAACGGGACUUAUGAGACCGAGACAGGCAUCAUGACCUGGCUUUCGUUAAGAAUGUUACUCCUUGUGACUCUCUUCAGCUUCUGUCGGCUUAAUCAGUUUGCUGAAGAAUCACGAAGUGUACCAGAUCCAGAUGUUGUCACCAAUCUCAUGGUCUCUAACAAAACCCCAUCAUCUGUGUCUCUAACCUGGAAUGAGCCAAAUGGAACCUGGUCCUACUUUAAUGUAAACUGGACUGAUGGCAGUGUGACUAACAGCAGUAACACUUCAAACACAUCUUACACUGUCACUGGUCUGACUGCUGGAGUGAACUAUACAUUCACUGUUACUACAGUAGCUGCAGAUGGACAGACUGCAGGAGCACCAACUCAAAUCUCAGCAUUCACAAAGCCAGAUGUUGUCGCCAAUCUCACUGUCUCAAACAAAUACACAUCAUCUAUGUCUCUAACCUGGAAUAAGCCAAAUGGAACCUGGUCCUACUUUAAUGUAAUCUGGACUGAUGGCAGUGUGACUAACAGCAGUAACACUUCAAGCACAUCUUACACUGUCACUGGUCUGACUGCUGGAGUGAACUAUACAUUCACUGUUACUGCAGUAGCUGCAGAUGGACAGACUGCAGGAGCACCAACUCAAAUCUCAGCAUUCACAAGUAAGUCCUGUGUUGUUGACACGUUUUCAUUUAAAAUAAAUGGAUAUAAACUAACACUCUACUACGCGCUAUAA